AGAAGUGCACACGACUUCUGUUGAUGACAAAGAACCCAAAAUGGCAACGUGGAGUUUGUGCCUUAUGGUGAUCAGUACUUUUGCGUCGUUGCAGUUUGCAACGGCACUUUAUGUCGUGGAACCGUGCUCCGGCGCAGCAGGUGUGCCCCCCGGCAAGAACUGCCGCGACGUCCCGGUCGCAGAGCGCGUCCCUCCUCUCUACCCUAAGCAAUUUGUCUGUCGUAUUCAAGGCUGGACCGGAUUUCCGGCUCAACCCAACGCCACAUUUCGGGUGCACGUGCAGCAAGACAAUCUCUGGCUGUUUGACUACCCGAAUCUGCGUCUCCGGUUUGCCGGGCCUUCAUGGGUCGGGUUUUUGAAACUGAAUUCAAAUUUCACGCACACCGGUACAAUGUCCUACACGACGCUGCCAUUUUUACCCAAUUUCUGCCUCUGCAACGACGUUGGGAUAGGCAUAUUGAAGUAUGACGCUUUCGGCGACGCCACGUUCCUCGGUAGAGAGACCAUCACGAUCGAAUACGAACACGGCGACCAUGAAGUGGACCACUACGAGAAACUCGGCCAUCACUUUUGGAUGGACGUUGCAACGAAGCUUCCUAUUCGUUUCUUCCAAGAGGGGGCGGGACUACAGGUAUACAGCGAGUGGUCUCAGCAAGUUAAUGCAAAUGAUUUUAUGCUACCUGAACGGUGCUUUGGUGAUUGCAAUAAAAAUCCUGUGCAUAGUCAAGUUAAGGAUAUGAUUAAGUUUGGUAUUAACCCAUUGGCGUACGCUCGUGCUGCCGCGAUUGAAGUUUUGAGAGGUCACAAAUAAAAACAAUAUACAUUUUGGUUACAUUAUUCACUAGUAAAUAGGCAUACAUAAAAUCAAAUGUAUACAUACGUUAAUUUUUAGUUGAAAAAUAACGAGAAAACUCGAAGCUGUAAAAUGAAUUUCGACGAAAACUGUCCAAAAAUUUUUUGUCUUUUAAUGUUACAGAUUGUUAAAAAUUGACAAGGUUUGGAUUCCAUCCACUGGGGUGGGUUGUUAGUUACCAAAUCGAUCUAGUCAAAUAAGUGAACAGUGACACUACUAGAAAUUGUAAACCUAUGUUAAAUGAUAUGCAAAAGGUUUAAUCACUAUCUUUUGAAAUUUAAGAAGCUUAGUUUCACGAAUAUGUAACUACUAGUGGUUUGAUAUUUUUCACUCUUUAAAAUCAUGUUAUGUUCGUUCCGGUGGCUCAAUAAACAA